GACAUGGAUAGGUUGAAGACUUGCUUGAGGCAAACAAAGAAGUUGUCAAGGUUACUUUGAAAAGAGUAACAGUUAGUGACAGGAGAGGAUUAAGCUGCUGCUCGAUGGCACAGUUUAACCGACACCCUGAAGCAAUUAUUUUCCAAUUAUGACUUUUAAUUUCUCUUAAAUUUAAUGUACGCUUCUAGACACCUUUGGCGGACAUGGGUAAUGGAAUAAGCAAGGUCCUGCCUGAUCUUUAUCUCGGAAAUAUCAAAGAUGCACGAGACAGGGAGCUGCUGGCUCAGCACAACAUCACCCACAUCCUGUCCAUCCACGAUACAGCUGCACCCGUCCUGGAGGACAUGACAUACCUUUGUAUAUCUGCUUCUGACCACUCUAAGCAAAACCUGAUCCAGUACUUCAGAGACAGCAUCGUGUUUAUCCAUGAAUGCCGGCUGAAAGGAGAGGGCUGCCUCGUUCACUGUAUGGCAGGAGUGUCCCGUAGCGUGACUCUGGUGGUGGCCUACAUCAUGACGGUGACGGGCCGUGGAUGGGUGGAGUCCCUGGCAGCGGUUAGGUCAGUCAGGCCGUGUGCAGGCCCCAACCUGGGCUUCCUGCGGCAGCUGGAGGAGUUUGAAAACACAGAACUAACAGAAUAUCGGGCUUGGUGGAAGGAGCUGUAUGGAAAGAACGUGUUCAAUGAUGACGAGGAGAUUGAGGCCCUUUUAACCAGGAAAGCCACCAUCAGCGAUGCCGUAUCAACCAGCAUCAGAAAAUAAAGAAACUCUUCUGCAUCGUCUGUCCGGUCUCACCUGAACUCAAGAAGCCGAGGACUGUGGCUUUCUGCAGAAAACUGCAGCGGGAACACCUGUCUCAUAAAAAGUUCUGUGUUGAGAUGAUAAGUUCAAACUCGUGUGCACGGAGUGGCUAAGCAGACACGUGACGGGGGGAUUUUGUGCCACUGUUGUCAGUUCCCUUCGUCAUGUCAUGUCCUUGCCUCUAACUGUCAAAACAACAUGCAAGGGCAGUCAAGCAUGGCACCAAGGAAAUACAUGUACAUACAGUCCACAGUGUGAACACACUCCCCUGUCGGUUAUGUUAUGCUGUGUCUUGAACUAGAAAAAUGAGUAUUACUUUCUGUAGACUGUGUGAAAGCUGAAGGAUGCUUUGAAUUCCAGUGAAACAAUAUCAGAUGUGCUGUUUUUAAUUAUUGUGCUGUUAUUCCUAAAUGUAUAUAUUUCUUUAGGUUUUAUUUGUGCAUCUAUCUAUCUAU